CAACUUUCUCUCUGCUGUAGGUGCUGUUGUUCUGCUCCGUAGCACAGGUCUGUUAGCAGCGCUUGAGGGGGGCCUCUCCCUAGAGUGGUCUCAUCACCUUGAAGAUGGCAACGCUAAUUUUCAUUGAUAAAGAGAAUGGUGAAGUUGGUGCUACUAAGAAUCAGUUAAGACGGCCUUCAGCAUCUUCAAAGCUCUUAUCUGAAAGAACACAAGUCCAUACUCCACUUCCAAAAAAAAAGAUCAGUACAUCUCCAGCCACAUCCCUCUCUGUCAGAAAGGCGCUUGGAAACGUGAACCGAACUCUAGCAGCAACAAGCAAGAAGGAGCAGUUGAAACAGAAGAAUCAGCCUUGCACUGCAAAGAAGAUUACUGAAAAGACUGCUGGAUUAGAAAGCUGUGAUGCAGUAGCUGAAGAAGCCUAUCCAGAAAUGGAAAAUAUGUUUCCCUAUGAUCCUCUAGACUUUGAGAGUUUUGAUGUACCUGAAGAGCACCGACUAAGCCAUCUGACACUGAGUGGUGUUCCCCUCAUGAUAUUUGAAAGUACCUCUGACAGACUUGUAAACAUGGCUCCUUCUCCUGUGAAGCUCCCCCAAAUGUCAUGGGAGCAUGACUUGCUACAAUCAACUGCUGAUUUUCUUUCUACUCUGGAUGAGAUCAUUGAUAUGCCACCUCUGAAUGACCUUUAAAGCAUGUUCUG